GUCAUCACAGCCUAAAUCGCCGUGUUACUCGAUGCUUAGUCGUCAUUAGCACUCGCACACUCCACACUUCAUACUACCAUACGGAGUAGUUUGGACAUUUGAGUCUGGCAGCCGCACUGGCAACUGCACCAGCACCAGCACCAGCACUCGCCUGCAUUGAUUUACCAGCCCACAUUAUCACUAACGCCAGCUUGUCCUUGCACACACGCUUCAUCAAUCCAAUCCCUCUCUUGCUGGUCUUCUACACCACGCAAUUCACUCUUCUUUCACUCCCUUCCUUACAUCCUUUUCCUUUUCCUCACAGCUUUGACCUAGCUAAUCCGCCUGCCUGCGACAAUCCUUCAUCAUGAGCGGACUUCGUUUCCUCGAUCUCAUUAAACCCUUUACACCCCUCCUACCCGAGGUGGCUGCACCAGAGUCCAAAAUCAAUUUCAAUCAAAAGUUGAUGUGGACAGGAUGCACUCUUUUGAUCUUCUUGGUCAUGAGCCAAAUGCCUCUGUAUGGCAUUGUCUCUUCUGAUACUUCGGAUCCCAUCUAUUGGCUCCGUAUGAUGUUGGCCAGUAACAGAGGAACCCUGAUGGAGUUGGGUACAACACCCAUUAUUUCCUCUGGCAUGGUUUUCCAGCUACUCGCCGGAACCCACCUCAUCGAUGUCAACCUCGACCUCAAAUCCGACCGUGAACUCUACCAAACCGCGCAAAAGCUCUUUGCCAUCAUCCUCUCCUUCGGACAAGCCUGCGUUUUUGUUCUGACCGGUCUAUAUGGCCAGCCCAGCGACUUGGGCGCCGGUAUCUGUCUCCUCUUGAUUGUGCAGUUGGUCCUCGCCGGUUUGGUGGUCAUUCUGCUAGAUGAGCUGUUGCAAAAGGGAUACGGUUUGGGCUCUGGUAUUUCGCUUUUCAUUGCCACCAACAUCUGCGAGUCCAUCAUCUGGAAGGCAUUCUCCCCAACCACCAUCGACACUGGACGUGGCAAAGAAUUCGAAGGUGCCGUCAUUGCCCUCUUCCACCUGUUGGUGACCUGGCCAGACAAGACUCGCGCCCUCCGCGAAGCAUUCUACCGACAACAUCUCCCCAAUGUCAUGAACUUGCUCGCCACUUUGACCGUCUUUGCCGCCGUCAUCUACCUCCAAGGUUUCCGCGUCGAGAUCCCCGUCAAGUCUUCCCGCCAGCGCGGAAUGCGUGGCUCAUACCCUAUUCGUCUCUUCUACACCUCCAACAUGCCCAUCAUGCUGCAAUCAGCAUUGGCCUCCAACAUCUUCAUGAUCAGCCAAAUGCUGUACACCCGCUUCUCGGACAACCUCCUCGUCAAGCUCAUCGGAACCUGGGAGCCCAAGGAAGGAUCAUCGCAAUUGUUUGCCUCUGGUGGUGUCGCCUACUAUAUGUCCCCUCCUCACAGCUUCACCGACGCACUGCUCGACCCAAUCCACACUGUCAUCUACAUCACCUUUAUCAUCGUCACUUGUGCCAUCUUCUCCAAGACCUGGAUCGAGGUCUCCGGCUCUGCCCCACGUGACGUGGCCAAGCAACUCAAGGAACAAGGUCUCGUCAUGGCCGGUCAUCGUGAACAGAGCAUGUACAAGGAACUCAAGCGUGUCAUCCCCACUGCUGCCGCCUUUGGCGGUGCCUGCAUUGGCGCUUUGUCCGUCGCAUCCGAUAUGCUAGGCGCUCUUGGAAGCGGCACCGGUAUUCUGUUGGCCGUCACCAUCAUCUAUGGCUACUUUGAAAUCGCCGCCAAGGAGGGCGAUUUCGGUGCCAAUCUCAAGGGGCUUAUUGCUUAGAUUACAUAUCCAGAACGUUGGUGGUUUCAUCUGGAGAAUAAUCUAACCCCACAAAUCAGAUUUAGAAAAAUUACUUUCCCUCCCAACAUGUCUGGGAGUGAGAUGAGGAAACAAGGGAGAGAUGAGAGGGCGAAAUACGGGGUUGGAAGGAGAGAAUGGGUGGAGGACAAGCCUAGUCACGACAUCAUCCACAUCGAGAAUCCAAAAAGCAAUGCUCUUUUCCUCCUUCCCAUACAUCGCUGCAUAGCGUCAAGGAUCAUUUGUGGUUUUGAGGUUUCCGUUUUCCCUUUGCCUGGGAAUGGGAACUUGGGGGCUGGUUGGGUUAUGUGGACUGUUGGACAUGGACGCGGAUGACAUGAUCAAAAAAGAAACACGGAGAGCGAAAGAAUGAAAAAUCUCGGCUACCAGGUAUCUACCUAGUACCUUAUGUACCUGAAGACUGUAGUCAUGUACAAGUAUUUGACGUGUUUGUGUAUGAACGAACAAUUGAUCGAUCUAAUGUAA